GGCACCAAGUCGAAGCAAGCAAGCGAGCGAGCGAAGGAAGGAAGGAAAAGUGGCGCUCAAGGAAAGGGAGGGAGGGAAAUCGAUCGAUUGAUCGAUCCAGGUCUCGUACAAAAGACACUGCGAGCGCAAGUUUAGGUUUCGGUCGGAGCAACGAGCGAGCAGCGAAAGGAGGAGGGAAGGAAGGAAGGAAGGAAGGAAAGAAGGAAGGAAGCGUAGGAUAGGAAGAGAAAAUUGCAGUCCUCAAUCAUUUGUUGUGGAAGGGAGGACAGGGGAGGAGUGGUGACAUCGAGGUGACCGCGAGGAAUGUGCAGCAGCAGCAGCAGCAGCAGCAGCGCGUAAGACGACGAGCGAGCGAGCAGGAACGUCCCAUAUCGCACUCAGUCUGUAGAGAUGUCGCUGGAAAAUCCUCAACAGCCGACUCCUUUUCCUGCCCCUGCCUCCCCUCAAUCGAAGAAGCGAUCGUUGCCGCGAGCGGCACCCGCGCCUCCGUCCGCUCCGUCAACGUCGUACAAUGCCACUAGUGAAGUUCUAGCUCAUGCCAUCGAAAUUCAGGAGGCGAAACCCGAGGAAGCUAUCGCUAUUCUCCGUGGAAUUCUUCAUGAUCCGAUUUCAACAGCCGAAGCUUUGCGUGUCAAGGAGCAAUGUAUAGCAGCCCUUUCGGAUUUGUUGUCCCAACAGAAGCGAGGAGAAGAGCUUCGAGGAUUAUUGACCGAUCUUCGACCCUUCUUUUCUUUCAUUCCAAAAGCUAAAACUGCGAAAAUUGUUCGAGGCAUCAUUGAUGCCGUCGCCAAAAUUCCCGGUACAUCCGAUCUUCAAAUCUCUCUCUGUAAAGAGAUGGUCGAGUGGACCAGGGCUGAAAAGAGGACCUUUUUGAGACAGAGGGUGGAGGCGAGGUUGGCGUCUUUGCUCAUGGAGAGCAAGGAAUAUCAGGAAGCUUUGUCAUUGCUGACUAAUUUGGUCAGGGAGGUGCGAAGGCUGGACGACAAGCUAUUGCUUGUGGAUAUCGACCUGUUGGAGAGUAAGCUUCACUUUUCACUGAGGAAUUUGCCCAAGGCGAAAGCUGCUCUUACUGCAGCGAGAACUGCCGCUAAUGCCAUCUACGUUCCACCGGCUCAGCAAGGAACAAUUGACCUCCAAAGUGGAAUACUUCAUGCUGAAGAGAAGGAUUACAAGACGGCAUUCAGUUACUUCUUCGAGGCGUUCGAAGCCUUCAAUGCUCUGGAUGACCCUCGAGCAGUAUUUAGCUUGAAGUACAUGCUUUUGUGCAAGAUCAUGACCAAUUCUGCUGAAGAUGUGGGAGGCCUUAUCUCUUCAAAAGCUGGGCUGAAGUAUACAGGUGUGGAGCUAGAUGCAAUGAAGGCCGUGGCAGAAGCCUAUGGGAAGCGAUCGUUGAAGGACUUUGAGGAGGCCCUUAAUACCUACAGGGAGCAAUUGGAGGAGGACCCUAUUGUACACCGCCAUCUUUCAGCUCUUUAUGACACACUCCUUGAGCAGAAUUUAUGUCGCCUGAUUGAGCCGUUUUCUCGGGUCGAAAUUUCACAUAUCUCAGAACUCAUCGGCCUGCCAGUGGAUGCAGUGGAGAAAAAGCUUUCUCAAAUGAUUCUUGACAAGAAAUUUGCUGGAACUUUGGAUCAAGGCGCUGGAUGUCUUAUCAUAUUUGACGAUGCGAAGCCAGAUGGAAUAUAUCCAGCAACCUUAGACACCAUUACUAACAUCAGCAAGGUGGUGGAUAGUUUGUACCUGAAAUCAGCAAAAAUAAUGGCCUAGAUCAUUGUAAGUUUUAGUGACUUUCUAUCUCCUCACGCGCGGAUGUCUGCUCAGAGUGGUCUCCUGACUUGUUAAUAAGCUCACUGUGAUUUUAGACUCAUCAAUGAGAAGUCUACGUAAGAAAUGAGGUUCUUUAUGCGCUCGCGACUUCACUAGUUGCAAGUUGACAGUGGACUGGAAGAGGGAACACCAGCACAUCUGAGUCUCAGGGCUUAUGGUUUUUGGGAGGGCAGGACAAAUAGGCUACACUCUACUUCUUUACACUUCAGAAUCCUCUUCUGCCCGGCAGCUCUGGGAAGCCUCACAAGCAGUGUUAAUGGAUUAAUUCAGGUCGGCCUGAUGGAUAUUAUAGGGAGGUUGACUUGUUCACUGUUUGGUCAGAUUGUGAUUGGUAAUUAUUGAAUUUCUUGGCUGACAUUAACAAGGAUGUAGACAUUAAAGGACGUGCUUGUCUUACGAGGGUAUCACCCAGAGCUGUCAGCUCCUAUUGGACUUCCUCGUGUCAAGUCCAGUAGACCACAUGCCUAGGGUUUGACAGGUCACUGCGCACAAUGAAGCCAAUUUCCUGAAAUGAUGUAAUUUUUUCCAGCCGGCUUUGAGAGAAAUCUCGUAGCUACUUGUCAAAACCUGGACAUCCAAAUGAGUGACAGUUCGUUUGAGGAAGGUCCCAAUGACGAGCUCGAAUUUGGAUGGAGUUUUCAGCUUCUUGUAGCUUUAUGUUCAUGCAUGAAUAUUUCCAAGGUUUCGCUCUCUUAUUGGUUUUUGGUUUCCAGAUGACCUUAUUUUGUCAUUGUUUCUCAAAUGAGUAAGAAAUAUGACCAUGGCUGGUGGUGGUCUCUUUGACGUUAGACCGAAAGCUCGACAAAAAACUAUACAUCCAGUUCCCUGUGAGGUAGUCUUGGUUUCCUGUGGAUGUUUCCAAGACGCCUGUCUCCGAGCGUCGGGAUAUGUACUAGUGACGUGAUUUUAAUUACCGUAGAUCGUCUUGCCAUCUGUCUUCUACGGAUGAUGACAUAUGCCUGGCAGUUGUUAUUUAUUCUUUUCUUAAUACAUAUUGUCGUUGUUUGAUUCGGAAUAGAGUUUUCUUGGAACGCAGCAUAGCAUCACACUUUUUCCACUAGUAUAUUUGCGGCAUCGUUAAAAAUCUAUUGCUGAUGUUUAAUUCAGGUAGGUUCCUCCUUACAGAUGAAUCUGGCUUGUUACUGCUCAAUGUCACCCC